AUGGGCUCACCAUUUACAAUGACAUUAGCUAAUAUCUAUAUGUAUGAAUGGGAACAAUCAUUAAUUCAACAUCAACAAAUAAGGAAUGAACUCUACGACCGAUAUAUUGAUGAUAUUUUCAUGACUUCCAAUGAAUCUAUUGAAAACAUUAAAGCAUUACUUGAUCAAGCAAAUGAAAAAGAUCCAAAUAUUCGAAUUAACUAUAUGAUACAUGAAUCGGUAGAAUUUCUUGAUGUUCUUAUCGAAAAUGUGGAAGGAAAGUUGACCACACCGGUCUUUCGUAAGCCAGCUGCUGAACCAUAUAUACAUCCAUAUACAUCUGAUCAUCCACGGCAUAUUCAUUCAAAUACAAUUAAUACAGCCUUACUACGUGGCAUUCGUAUUUGUUCAGAUGUUCAUACAUUUGAUCAUGAAAGAUUGAAAAUUGAAAUGGCCUUACUUCUUAAUGGAUAUCCACCGAAAUUUAUCAAACGCAUGGUAGCUCUAGAACAACUGAUGCUAAUGCAAGAUGAAAUCGAGCAAUCACAACAAAUCAGAGCAGUUGCAGAUUGGGAUCAAGAAAAACUAAACGAAAUGAAUGAAAGAAAAAACUGGGCACAAAAGCAACUAAAUGAUUUUGAAAGCACUCCAACAACGGAACAAGAUCACCUCGUUGAAGAUGAAAUCGAACAAUUAAGACAAAUCGAUGCUGUCCAAAAAAUACAACAGGAAAAACGUAUGUAA